GAGAGGUGAAAUUGACACACUAGAACCAACAUUGUCAUACAGAUUCAAUUCUAAAUCUCUCUCCUACAGAAUGAUAAGAAUUAAGAAAUGACAUGUUAAAUGUGUGACAAACUAGAAAUUAUUGUCCUAUAACUUUUGAAGAGAAGGGGAGGAUUUAGCAUAAAUACUCAAUAUUUGAGGGACGAUUACAUGAAUGGUGCCAAGCUCCGAAGCAAAAUCCGGCGCAUUCGUCGCUAACCAACUAAACUGAAAAUGGCGCUACAAAUCCACACUCCAUCUUCUCCCCAUAAACCCUAUCGUCGCUAUCUUCCAUACACGCCCUUCUUCGUCCUCACCAAAUCCAGAUUCGCUGUUAAAACCCAAAAGCCCAUCGUCGAUUCCGAGCCUGUUGCUGAGCCUCCGCCGCCCAAAAAAGUGGCGGCACCGGGGUAAGGGUUUGGGUCAUCUUCUUCUACCCUCUCACCGCCGGGAAAGUCCACGGAGAAGCAGAAGAGCAAGAGAGAGAGGGCAUCGGUAAUCAGGCGGUCACCGGUUGAGACCCAGCUUUCUUAAGCAAAGAAGAAGAGGUUAAAUUUGAGGAGCAGAGGAGGAAUGAGAGUGCUUUUCCUCUUGCUUGGUUGGGGCUUGGUGGGAUCAUUCUUGUGGAGGGAAUUGUUCUUGCUGCAUCAGGUUUAUACUGCAGCAAAAAUAGAACAUGAAGGAUACGCAAGAUGAUUGGUCAGUUCUUGUCUUUAUUUUACAUUGUUCAACUUUACAUUUAGAAUGGCCCUGCUUCUCACCUGUCAUAGUACAUAAGGAAAUUGAUAAAGCAAACUUUUAUUAUUAAAGUGGAUCACAUUCAUAGCUGCUGCUAUCAUGUCUUGAGGAUUCAUUUAUCAGAUACGGAUUUAUGAUAUUUCUGUUUUGAAGUGGCUUUAAUAUGUAUGUUGCAGUUGUUGGAUCAAAUUUGUUGGGUGGAAACAUGCUUUGAUUUAAAUCCUUUUCUUUUUAUUUUCGUAAUCGUGGUAGUUUAAGGAAUGUUUGAGUGGUUUUUUUGAAGGGUUUUCUGAAGAUGUAUUCUUCCUCCAUUCAUGAUAUGCAGCAGUUUUAGUUGUAGUAAACAUUGGCAGUUGGCUGCAAAUGUGAAUUUUCAACAUUGCAGGACAAAGGUUUUUAAAUCUUUCAGCUAUAUGGUUCCAUUUGCAGGAAUGCCUAUCAGUCUCAGGUUGGUUCACCUAGCCUGUGUUGAGUUUAUCAAAUAUAAAUUCAGGCCUCAUAGUUAGGUGCAUUCUGAGAAUAGCACAUGCGAUGGUGGAGUUACUGCCAGGUGAACUGUUCACUGACUUCAGAACCACACCAUCCAUCUGCCUAGUUAAGGAAGAUGAAAAGAAAAAGAAAAGCAAGACAGAGAGGAAUUGUGACAUAAUAAAUAUGGCUUUUGUUUUUGUCCUAUGACGAGGAGUUUUAAUCUCUUUUCUGCUGCAGCAAUGAAGAGGCCUGUGAACUUCCUACUUUCUACUGCAUUGUGAAGCUCUUGAAUCAAUAAAAUCUGCAGGUUUGACGGCUGCUUAUAUAUUCAGUUUGCUGAAGCCGUCUUUUAUCAUCAAUUGACUUUUGUUCAUGCUGUUAUUUGUCAGUUACGCUUGUUUGGUUUGAGGGAAUGGAAAGGGGGGAGAGGGGGAGUUGAAGGGUAUCAUUUUCCUUCCAGUUCUUUCCCCAGCACUCCCUUAUU